AUGGCCAGCUAUACUUCUACGACUCCACCCCUACCAUCCGAGGACAAUGCUCCACACAAGUCGGAGGGCUAUGUGUCUCACUACACCCCGGAGUUCGAAGCGGAGGUCGCUGCGGCCGCACCUCGACUGAACGGGGCCAAGUUGACAGCAGCGAUUGCGUUCGUGGCUGGCACAGGUUUCACGCUAUUUGGCUACGACCAGGGCGUCAUGUCCGCGCUGCUCACAGCAAAGCAGUUUGAGAACGUCUUUCCUCAAGUCGUCGUCGAUGAUCAGCACCCGAACCACGCGACCCUUCAGAGCUUCGUAGUCGCUGUCUACGAAAUCGGGUGCCUGAUUGGAGCCCUUUCGAACCUCUGGGUGGGUGAUUUCCUAGGUCGGCGUAAGACAAUUGUGCUUGGUGGGGUGAUCAUGAUCGUCGGCGCGAUUCUUCAAACGACAUCUUACAGCUAUGCGCAAAUGGUCGUAGCUCGUAUCAUCACUGGGUUGGGCAACGGUCUCAACACUUCCACAGUGCCCUCUUACCACGCGGAAUGUUCUCCAGCUGCCAGUCGAGGGAGUUUGAUCAUGAUUGAAGGCAGCCUGAUCACCUUCGGUAUCAUGUGGCUCGAUUUUGCUUUUUUCUGGCUCAGCAGCUCCUCUGCGCAAUGGCGAGUUCCCAUUGCCAUGCAGAUCGGUUUUGCCAUGAUCAUGAUUAUUGGCAUCGGAUUCUUGCCGGAAUCCCCACGGUGGCUUGCUAAGCACGGCAGGAACGCGGAGGCUCUGGCUGUAAUCUCCGCGCUUGACGGAAAGCCGCACACAGAUAGCGAAGUCCAGCAAACAUAUUUGGGCAUCCGCGAAGCCAUCGCGGCCGAAUCCCACCGAGGCGAGGCGAGCUCACCUCUCCGCGAGGUAUUCACUGGGGGCCGAACGCAGAACUUCCGUCGCGCAAUGCUCGGGGUGGUGAUUCAGUGCUUCCAGCAGAUUACUGGAAUCAACCUUAUCACCUACUAUGCCACCGUGCUGUUCGAGCGACUUGGCAUCGACGACGUCAGGUCUCGUAUAAUCGCGGCCGCGAACGGGACGGAGUACUUCCUUGCCUCCCUCAUCGCCAUAUUCCUCAUCGACCGCAUCGGGCGCCGGCCCCUCAUGCUGUUUGGCGCAGCGGGGCAGAUGGUCACCAUGAUCUUGCUCGCCAUCUUGGGUAGCAUCGACAACCCCGCAUCACAAAUCGUCUCUGCGGUGCUCCUCUUUGUGUUCAAUUCGUUCUUCGCCGUCGGGUGGCUCGGGAUGACCUGGCUUUACCCCGCGGAGAUCGUCGGACUCCAUAUCCGCGCGCCGGCGAACGCCCUCAGCACAGCGUCAAACUGGACGUUUAACUUCAUGGUCGUAAUGGUCACAGGUCCCUCGUUCACGAACAUCAGCUGGGGAACUUACAUUGUCUUUGCUUCCCUCAACGCGCUGAUUAUCCCCGUCGUCUACUUCUUCUUCCCCGAGACCGCCGGUCGCUCGUUGGAAGAUAUGGACGUCGUAUUUGCUCUCGCCUACAACGAAGGUGUCUCCCCAGUUGCGGUGUCCCUUAGGAAGGACCUGCCUCUCGCCGGAUCACCCGAGGCAGACGAGAUCCUCGGCAUCCGUUCGGAGGGUUCUGUCCGUGCUGACUCGAAGCUUGAAGGCUGCUAG